AUGGCCCCUCGCAGAAAGCCACAGGCCUCUGCGGCUCGAUCUGCGCCUAAACCUGCUGCCGAGCCUGCAGUUCCAAAUAUUGCCAAGGCAACCGAACCGACACAGGCAGCUACACAAGCGAACGGUGAUGAGCAGGAACCUUCCAAAUACAAGCAUAGAGAUCCAUUUGAUGCGCUACUGGAACCAUUCUACUACACCAAAUCCUUGACAGACCCUAUAAAUACCGCGAAAGACAAAUGGAAUCUCCUUCCAGCCUUCCUCAAAGUCAAGGGCCUGGUCAAGCAGCAUAUUGACUCAUACAAUUACUUCAUCGAGGUCCAACUGAAGAAAAUCGUGGAAUCAAGUGGGAUUAUUCGCAGUGAGAUCGACGCCAACUUUUACAUCAAGUUCACAAACAUCUACAUCGGAUCACCUCGACGUACGGAUGAACAACAGGAUGGUACUAUUGAUUACGUAUCAGAUGUCACCCCGCAAGAAUGCCGGCUUCGAGAUACAACUUAUGCUGCGCCAAUUCUCGUUGACUUUGAGUAUUUACGUGGUCGCCAGAGAGUCAUGCGGCGAGGAGUCACCAUUGGUCGGAUGCCAGUGAUGCUUCGUAGCUCCAAGUGCGUGCUGGCGAACAAAACCCCGGCCCAAAUGACAGUUCUCAACGAAUGUCCUCUGGACCCCGGUGGCUAUUUUAUCGUGAAUGGAACGGAAAGAGUCAUUUUGGUUCAAGAACAACUGAGCAAGAAUCGAAUCAUCGUGGAAACUGACACUAAGAAAGAUAUUGUCCAGGCCUCGGUGACCAGUUCUUCCAACGAGCGCAAGUCGAAGAGUUACAUUAUUCUCAAAAAACAACGGCUUUAUGUGAGACAUAACGUUCUCAGUGAUGAUGUCCCAAUUGCUGUUUUGUUGAAGGCUAUGGGUGUUCACACCGACCAAGAAAUGUUACAGAUUGUCGCCGGAUCAGAUAGCCAAUACCAGGAUGAUUUCGCUAUCAAUUUUGAGGAAGCAAUUAAGCUUGAUGUCUAUACACAACAGCAAGCUCUUGAGUGGCUGGGUACUAAGAUCAAAAUCAAUCGAAAGACCGGCGCAUACCGCAGAACUCAUGUGCAAGAAGCAAUCGAAGCCAUUGCUACAGUCAUCAUCUCACACAUUGAGGUCAAAGAUAUGAACUUUCGGCCCAAGGCCAUCUAUGUCGGUCAUAUGGCGCGUCGUGUCCUGAUGGCUAAGGUCGAUCCUUCGAUGGUUGAUGAUCGUGACUACCUUGGAAACAAGCGGCUGGAACUGGCUGGCCAGAUGUUGGCUUUGCUGUUUGAGGACCUGUUCAAAAAGUUCACCUUCGACAUUAAGUUGAACAUUGAUAAAGUUCUGAGCAAGCGAAACAGAGCAGAACAAUUUGAUGCUUGGAGCAUCGUGAGCAUGCAUGGUGGUCACAUCACUCAGGGAAUGGUCCGUGCCAUUGCAACUGGUAACUGGACCUUGAAGCGUUUCCGUAUGGAACGUGCUGGUGUCACUCACGUUCUCAGUCGACUGAGUUACAUUGCUGCCCUCGGUAUGAUGACCCGCAUCAGCAGUCAGUUCGAGAAGACAAGAAAGGUCAGCGGUCCUCGUGCUCUGCAGCCAUCGCAAUUUGGUAUGCUGUGUCCUGCAGAUACUCCUGAAGGUGAAGCUUGUGGUCUUGUCAAGAACUUGGCACUUAUGACGCACAUUACCACCAAUGACGAGGAGGACCCUGUGCGCAAUCUUAUUUUCAUGCUGGGAGCUGAAGAUAUUGCAACUGUCAGUGGAGUGCAGAUUUACGCUCGUGGAAGUUAUACUAUCUCUAUGAAUGGUACACCGAUGGCCUUGACCCGGCGUCCGAAGUACUUCCUCGACGCGUUCCGACGGCUUCGUCGUUCGGGUCGCAUCUCAGAAUUUGUGAGUAUUUUUAUCAAUCACCACCAGUCAGCCGUUCACAUUGCCACCGACGAUGGCCGAAUUUGCCGACCUCUCAUUAUUGUUGAAAAUGGCAGAUCAAAGGUUGAACGGCAUCACUUGGAGAAGCUGCGAGAAGGCAAGAUGGAAUUCGACGAUUUCCUUGCCCAGGGCCUGGUGGAGUAUCUCGAUGUGAACGAGGAGAAUGAUUCAUAUAUCGCAAUCUAUGAGAAGGACAUUAAUGACGCCACAACUCAUAUGGAGGUCGAGCCAUUCACUAUUUUGGGGGCUGUUGCCGGUCUUAUUCCCUACCCGCACCAUAAUCAAUCCCCCCGAAACACAUACCAAUGUGCUAUGGGUAAACAGGCCAUCGGCGCAAUUGCUUCCAAUCAAUUCCAGCGAAUCGAUUCCAUCCUUUACAUUAUGGUGUACCCGCAGAAGCCAAUGGUGAAGUCACGAACCAUUGAGUUGGUCAAGUACGACCAACUUCCUGCAGGUCAAAAUGCGACGGUCGCUGUGAUGAGUUACUCUGGAUAUGAUAUUGAGGAUGCCCUCGUCUUGAACAAGGGUUCUGUGGAUCGUGGAUUUGGACGUUGCCAGGUAUUUCGCAAAUACUCUACGCCCCUUAAGAGUUAUCCCAACGGCAUGCGAGAUCAAUUGGCUGCACCCGAGUAUGAGGACAACGUUGUGAUUAAAAAGCACACUCUCAUCGACGGCGAUGGUCUACCUGCCGUCGGCGAAGAAGUCACAGCCGGCCAGGUUUUGAUCAACAAGAUCACCCCAGACCUAUCACAAACUUCAGGCUUUAUGGGUUCAGGCCAGGGAGCCACCAACUGGACUUCCACACCAUUGAACUACAAGCUUCCCGACCCUUCUUAUAUCGACAAGGUCUUGAUUACAGCAACGGACGGUGAGACUCAACUCCUCAAGGUGCUGACUCGCCAGACUCGUCGCCCUGAGGUUGGUGAUAAGUUUUCCUCCCGUCACGGACAGAAGGGUGUUGUGGGAAUCAUUGCCGAUCAAGCCGAUAUGCCGUUCACAGACCAAGGUAUCAACCCCGAUAUUAUCAUGAACCCCCACGGUUUCCCGUCCCGUAUGACAGUCGGAAAAAUGUUGGAGCUGGUCGCAGGAAAAGCAGGUGUGCUCUCCGGUCAGCACGGCUAUGGUACUUGUUUUGGUGGAAGUCCUGUUCAGGAGAUGUCGCAGAUCCUGAUCGACCACGGCUUCAGCUAUGGCGGUAAAGACAUGCUUACAUCCGGUAUCACUGGCGAACCGCUGCCUUUCUAUGUUUUCACUGGUCCUAUCUACUACCAGAAGCUCAAGCACAUGGUACAGGAUAAGAUGCACUCGCGUGCCCGUGGACCCAAGGCCACCCUUACCCGCCAGCCUACUGAGGGUCGUUCGCGUGAUGGUGGUCUCCGUCUCGGUGAGAUGGAACGUGAUUGUCUGAUCGCCUACGGAACCAGUCAGCUUUUGCUCGAGCGUCUCAUGAUAUCGUCUGAUCGCCACGAAGUUGAUAUUUGUGACAAGUGCGGCUUGAUGGGAUUCCUGGGAUGGUGCACUGGAUGCAAGUCCUCUCGUACCUGCGUGAAGAUGGUCAUCCCUUACGCAGCUAAACUUCUCAUUCAAGAGCUUAUGAGUAUGAAUGUUUCUGCUCGUCUGAAGUUGGAGGAUGAGUUCCCUGAGGACAAGGGACGUUGA